AUGGCAGAGGCUCGGAGCUGCCUCCUGUGCGCGCUGCUGCUGCUGCUGCUGCUGCUCGAGACAUGUUCUGGUUCUGGUUCCCUGAGCCCAAACCAAGACCCUGGACCAGAGGAAGAGCAGGACUGCCUGAAAGCCAGUGAGCAUUGUGCCCGGGAUGCCAGCUGCAGCGCCCGCCUCCGCACCCUUCGCCAGUGUGCGGCUGGAGAUGGGGCAGCCAGGCUGGGGCCUGAUGCCCGAAAUCAGUGCCAGAGCACGGUCCAAGCUCUGCUGUCCAGUACUCUCUCUGGCUGCCGAUGUCGCCGGGGCAUGAAGCGGGAGAAGGACUGCUUGGGUGUGUACUGGAGCCUGCGCCACACCUUCCCGCAAGGAAUGAUGCUAGAAAGUUCCCCUUACGAGCCUUUCGUUAGAGAUCUGGACUACGUUGGAUUGGCAGCUAUUACGGCAGGGUCCGAGGGCGAGAGCUCGUCCCCGCGGGGGAACCGCUGCCUGGACGCGGCCAAGGCUUGUAACGUGGACGGCCUGUGCCAGCGGCUGCGCGCCGACUACGCGGGCCUGUGCCUGCGAGCCGGCGCCCGCGGCUGCCCCCGUGCCCGCUGCCACCGGGCCCUGCGCCGCUUCUUCGACCGGGUCCGGCCGGCGCUCAGCCACGCGCUGCUCUUCUGCCCCUGCGGGCCCGGGGACGCGGCGUGCGCGGAGCGCCGGAGGCAGACCAUCGUGCCGGCCUGCUCCCACGGCCCCGGCCCCCGGCCCGCGGCCCGCGCCGCCCCCGCCGCCGCCCAGCCCAACUGCCUGGCGCCGCUGGACGCUUGCCGCCGGAGCUACGUCUGCAGGUCCCGGCUGGCCGAGUUCCAAGCAGCCUGCAGGCCGUCCCUGCUCACCUCCAGCGGAUGCGUCCACGAGGAUUCUCCCGGCUGUCUGUGGGCCUACACUGGCAUUGUGGGGACCCCCAUCACACCCAACUAUGUGGACAAUGUAAGCACUGCCGUGGCUCCGUGGUGUAGCUGCAGCUCCAGCGGGAACAGGCUUGAAGAAUGUGAGACCUUCUUGGGGCUCUUUGUGGAGAACCCCUGUCUCCAAAAUGCUAUACUGGCUUUUGGCAAUCAGACAGCCCUAAGCUGGGGCUCCUCUGUCUUUCCACCUGGAACAUAUCUGCAAGAAUCCCCUGGGCCCGGACGCAGCCUCUUCAACCAAUUGAAGCCCCCACAGCCCACCCGGGUAUCAGGUGAAAGCAGGCCUUCUACGGGGGGCUCUCCGAGGUUUUGGGGAGCUCCAGGCUUGACUCUCCCCAGGGAUCAACUGUUCCUUACAGUGCUGGCCCUCUGGUUGUUGCCUUGACUAGGCCAGCUGGCAGAAGACAGAAUGAAUGAUCUUGUUUGUAUCCAUUCUUUCCCAGUGGGAUGGCGUAGUGGGAUGUGAGUCAAAGAGAAACAGGGACGUAGGGGGGUCGCCCUUGAAUUGUCCCUGACCUUCUCUAACUUCAGAUCUCUACUGGUCUGUGAUCCAGACCCUUCCUGCCCUUCUCUCUUGACCCAGUACAAAGAGGAAGAGCUGGGGGACUUUGGGGAAUGACUCGGAGGGCGGAGAAGACAUCCCAUCCUGGAGACGCUGGAUUGGAAAUGCUCAGAACCACUUGCCUCCUCUCCUGGGGGCUGGCCUUAAUUCUUGGACUCUGAGGUCUAGAACUGGAACUUAAAACCCCUUGAGGGCAGGGGCUGCACACAGUAGGCAAUUAAUAAAUGCUCAUUGAUUGAAGUGAUAGGCUAGCAGGAUUUGAGAACUGCAAGGCGUUCUGGAGAUCAUAGAAUCCAGUUUCCUCAUUUUAUAGAUGAAGAAGAUGAGACCCGUGGCUUUGGUGUAAUGCAUAGAGCUGUGGCCAGUCAGGAGAUCCAGGGGAGUAUCGUCCCUGCCUCUCAUUAGCUGUACAAUUCUGGGCAAGUCAAUUGCACUCUUGGACUCAAUUUCCUCAUCUUUAAAAUGGGGGCAUAAGCUUAAAUUUAGAUAAAUCUUAGAAAUUAAAAAAAACUUUUUUUUUUUAAUUUCUCUUACCUCUAUAGUCCUAUGACCUAAUUACAAUUCCCACUUCACAGGACUGUUGUGAGGAAAGUACUUUGUAAACAUAUAAGCUCAACAGAAAACAGCUAUUUUGAACCUGUUGGGAGGAGAGUGGGGGACAGCCUGCUGGUACAUGUCUUGAAAAGGCAUUUGCACAAAUAGAAGGCAGGGGAGGCAGGUAUAGACAACAGUUGCCCUGAAAAAAGAUGGGGGGUUUUGGUCGUCACUGUGAGUCAGCAGUGUGACAUGGCAGACAGAAAUGCCACAUUAGUCCAAACUGCAUUUAGGGGGACCCAGCCUCCAGGACAAAGGUGGGGGUGGCCCCCCAGGGCUCAGCCCGGCUAGGGUCCCUCUUCCCCCGUCUGGAGGAGGGUGUUAGCUUCUGGGCACAACAUUUUAGGAAAGACACUGAUGAGCUGGAAUAAGUAUAAAGGAGGGUGGAUGGGAUUGACUUGGAAAAAGGGAUUAGUUUGAGUCUGCUCAUUGGCAGAGAGUGGGCAGAGUGGGGGGCAGAUUUCAGUUUAUAUUAAGGAAAAACAAGUGAUUCUGCUCACGAAAAAAGGGAAUGGGCUAUGGGUAUGAUUAGAGUAUCCUUUGUCACCGGACUUUUAAAAAGCAUAAGCCAGAUGACCACUGUCUGUGAUGUUUUAGAGAGGCCCUAUUUAAGGACUGGCUGCAGUAGAGACCCCCAAAGUCUCUUCCAGAUGGCAGAAGUGGUAAGAUAUUGGGCUAGGAGAGUGAGCCACUCGUCUCCUUUUUGAGGCAACUUCUCUGAGUGGUGUGGGAUAAAGAAGAAAGGGGGAAGAGAGGGAUGUAAGGUGCACCUGGGAGGAAAUACUGGCACUGAUCCAGUGAAAGGUAAAGCUGAGGGGGGGGGGGAUAAUAUUAAAAUAGAACACUUGUAAUUUUAAAAUUUGUUCUUUCUAGGAGGUUUUUUUGUAUGGGGGUGGAUGUUUUUAUUUUUAAAGCACAAGGAUUUUUUUAACCUUUUGUUUUUGUUUUAAAUUCAGGGACUUUUUUUCUUUAAAUAAAGAAAAUAAAAGUCUUAGCACUUUAAAUAAAGUAGAAUCAAAUCAAGGCAACAAAUGAUAAGAUACAAUGCCAGUCCAUCCAAUAGUGAUUUGUAUUACAUCUCGUGCCAUUUAAUUUCAUUAGUGCUUUAAUGUGUUUUCCUCUGAACAGCCACAUCAGAUGAUCAGGGCAGUGGUUAUUAUCUCCUAUUCACUAAUGGGGUAACUGAGACCUAGUCAAGGAAGUGAUUUGCUCUGUGACCAAGUGAGUCAUGGCAGGAACUAGGACAAGUCCUAGUCUUUCCAACACACUGGGUUUUCCCUGUGAGACUUGGACCUCCAUCUCUCUCACACUCCCCAGAUCCCUUCUGAAUGGUCACACAUGGGCCCCCAAACUCACCUGCCCAAAGGCAGGACUUUCUGAGAGCUGGUGCCAGUUCCAUGUACGUGGGGGACUUCUAAGCUCACC